GUUGUCCUCAUCAAGAACUUGAACGGCAAUCGUGUUAUUCAGAAGUAUCUCAACGAGUCGGCUCCCGAGGACAAGGGCCAGGUACGCUGUUUUGUGAAGAUAUGUACGCAUGCCCUGUAUUGAUCAUGCAUCGGACAACCAGCGCAUUCAGCUCAUCAACGAGAUUACCUACAAUGCUCUCACUCGGGUUCAAGACCCAGAUGGUAGCUAUGGUCGUUCAGCACAUCCUCGAUCUGAACGACAAUCGCUUCAGCGAUGCGGUUAUACGUCAGUUCGCCGGGAACGUCUGUGCGCUGUCGGUCCAGAAGUUUAGUUGCAACGUUAUCGAAAAGUUAAUAGCGGAUGGAUGGCUUGUUUGUCAAUGAAGGGCCCCCGAAUAUCAUCCAACAUUACCAGCAGAUCCUUCGAACGACGU